UGAGAAUCCAACAGUGUUGUGCUUGAGCUCUUCGUAUCAGUUCCACAACAACGGGUUCUCCGACAAGCCGCAUUUUCGCCUUCUCUGAAGUCUCUAAAACCAUUUAAAAAUUGCAUUCAGUUCACUCUUGACAAUCCCUUGUGUACAGAUAUCUGCAAAUCAUCCCUUAGUUUGUGGUUUUUGCCCUUAAAAAAAUUCCAAUCAUAAAGCUAGAGCUGAACUUUUUUGCAUUUAGUCGUCUUAUCAGUGGAUGAGCACAAGUGGCAAGAAGAUGACGACAGCCGAAGCCGUUUCUCACCUGGAGCACAUGUGCAGCCUGGACAUCGACUCCCAGGCGGCCUUCACGCGCCUCUCGGGCAUCAUCUGCACCAUUGGGCCGGCGUCCAACAGCCCUGAGAUGCUGCAGAAGAUGAUGGAGACUGGCAUGAACAUCGCCCGACUGAACUUCUCUCACGGAUCGCACGAGUAUCACGCCAACACGAUCAAGAACAUCCGCGAGGCGGUGAAGAACUACUCGGCCAAGCUCGGCAUGGCCUUUCCGCUGGCCAUUGCGUUGGACACGAAGGGUCCGGAGAUCAGGACGGGUCUGUUGGACGGCAGCGGCACGGCCGAGGUUGAGCUGAAGCGCGGCGGCAAGAUCAAGCUCACCACCAACACGGCGUUCCAGGACAAGGGCAACGUGGAUCAGGUGUUCGUGGAUUAUGCCAACAUUGUGAACGUCGUUGUGCCCGGAAAUCGCAUCUUCGUGGACGACGGAUUGGUCUCUCUGAUUGUGGAUGAGAUUUCUGGCGAUACUCUCACGUGCACCAUUGAGAAUGGCGGCGUUCUGGGCUCACGCAAGGGUGUCAAUCUGCCGGGUGUGCCCGUGGAUUUGCCCGCUGUGUCGGAGAAGGACAAGUCCGAUCUGCAGUUUGGCGUGGAGCAGGGCGUGGACAUCAUCUUUGCCUCCUUCAUUCGCAAUGCGGCUGCACUGAAGGAGAUCCGCGGUGUGUUGGGCGAGGGCGGCAAGGCCAUCAGGAUCAUCUCGAAGAUUGAGAAUCAGCAGGGAAUGCACAAUCUGGAUGAGAUCAUUGACGCUUCCGAUGGCAUCAUGGUGGCUCGUGGAGACUUGGGCAUCGAAAUCCCACCGGAAAAGGUCUUCCUGGCCCAGAAAACCAUGAUUGCCCGAUGCAAUCGUGCUGGAAAACCUGUGAUUUGCGCCACGCAAAUGCUCGAGUCGAUGAUCAAGAAGCCUCGCGCGACUCGUGCUGAGAUCUCCGAUGUGGCCAAUGCCGUUCUGGAUGGUGCUGACUGCGUGAUGUUGUCCGGCGAGACGGCCAAGGGUGAAUAUCCGCUGGAGUGUGUUCUCACCAUGGCCAAGACGUGCAAGGAGGCCGAGGCGGCGCUCUGGCAGAAGAACCUCUUCCAGGAUCUCGUCAGUCAGUCACCGUCGCCACUCGAUGCCGCCCACUCGGUGGCCAUCGCGGCCGUCGAGGCGUCCAGCAAGUGCUUGGGUGCAGCCAUCAUCGUCAUCACAACUUCGGGACGUUCUGCUCAUCUCGUGUCCAAGUACCGUCCGAGAUGCCCAAUCAUCGCAGUCACGCGCUUCCCGCAAACAGCCCGCCAGUGCCAUCUGUAUCGCGGAAUUCUGCCACUCAUCUACGAAGAACAAGCUCUCAGCGACUGGCUGAAGGAUGUCGAUGUGCGCGUCCAGUUUGGCAUGAAUUUCGGCAAUUCGCGUGGAUUUAUCAAGAAGGGCGACCCAGUGAUUGUCGUCACCGGCUGGCGACAGGGUUCCGGCUUCACCAAUACCAUUCGCGUCGUAAAUUAUGAGUAAAAAAAAUAUGAAUCAUCUCAUGGAAAGUCACUUUCCGCCCCCACGAAGUCAAACAUAUAAUUGAGAUACUGAAAUAAUUAUAAUAUUAUAUGUGUUGCAUUAGAUUGCAAAUAAAUGUGAACAAUAAAAUUUAACAAGAAAAAAAAAA